CGGGUGUAGUGGUUGUUACAUAACCGCUGCUGACAGCUUAUCAGUCAUGCCUUCUACAAUUAGACCAAGUGGUCGGUAAGACUUGCCACAAAACGGUUGGCUGAGUAGAAUUCUUCGCAACAUGCGAAUCAAAGUAAUGCUGACCACAGGCAUGCUACAGACCCGACCACCAGACAAUACUUAACAAAUCCACGAAGAGCUCACAAUAUUCGUACAUGUUCGCAUACUCAGCGUCUCUACAUCAACCAAAGAUUCAUCUUUUUAUCACUCUCGUCGUGGGAUGUAAAAGCUUUGAGCAACAAUGAAUCCCUAUCGCGGAAUUCACCAAGCGAAUCAAAAAAUGAUUCAAGGAUCCGCAGGGAAUGACUAUUUCACCAGCACCUAUGAUAUCGCUACGGAGCAAAUUGCGAAGCCUUCAUUUUACUGCGACACUGGAGAUUUAGCCUGCAUUGCCUCCUCCGGUCACACAUGCAAUCUGUCCCAACACUGUUUUUCAGAUUAGGUCACCCACCGACCUCUUUUUCGGGACUUCGAGUACGGUGUUUGGCCUCUUGCUGUGAUCCGCCCCACUGUUUCCAUCACAUUGGGCAAAGAUCGAAGAGUUGAAAGCGGAUCCGUCCUCCAAGGCUGACUCUUACAACUUGUUGUUGCUUCAAUUCGACCAGUCUUUGGCAAAUUUGUCAAUCGACGAUCUUCAUAUAGAAGGCCUGUCUUUAAUCGGAGAGCUCAAAUCUUUCGUUUUCUCUAUUCAUGGUCGAAACCAUGGAGAGGGUGAUUGAUUCAAUACAAUGCACCAGCGGCUUGUAACGGCAGAGCCCGAUAGCAGAAACUUGCGACAAUAGAAGGGAAAAAAACAUUCCCGAAACAGGCGCCCUGCCCUGCAAAGGUUGAAACGUUUACAAUUAAUUCAACUUUGGUUGGCAUUGGAGCACCUGGAAAGAACAAUAUUUUUGACAAUUGCCUUAUAGAAUAUUUGAUUUGUAACCAGCCAAACCCAUCUUCAAUCAGAUCAGCUCUGCCACUGGUAAAAACCGACAAUCUUUCCGCUCAACACGG